GUAAAACGUUAGAAAGACUUUUGACAUUUUGCGUAAGCAAAUUCUUAAGUGCACCAUUUAAAAAUGGGACAAAAAAUUGAAUCCGAAUUCUAUUUGAAACUAAUAAAAUCAGUGCGCGAGAAACCAAUCUUGUACGAGAAAAAUCAUAAAAACUAUUACAAUAGGAAUAAACGCAACGACGCUUGGCAAGAUGUGGCUAACCAAACGGACCGAGCAGUUAGUGAAUGCAAAGCGCGCUGGAAGCUGUUACGGGAACGAUUCUGCAAGCAAAUGAAAAGAGCCGAUGGGUUUAUGUUGAUAGGCAAUGGUGAGACUGACGAAAAUGAGUGGGAAUACUACAAAGAAAUGAUUUUUCUGAAAGAAUCAAUAAUACCGCGUCGAUCACAUAAAGAGAAGGAUUUAAGUUCCAGCUUGGAAGAGCCCAUAAUAAAUGAAAUGUUUAUAAAUAUGAAUGCAAUAACAGAAGAUGAAUCGAAUUCGUCCAAUUCCAAUUUAUCAAAAUGCACCAAGCGUUCGCUUGAAAGCAACAAGUCGCCAGGAUUCGAUUUAGCGCCAUUGAAAAUUGAACGUAUAAUGGAUACCGAUUUUCAUAAUUCCAAUAUAUACGAAAAUAAACGUUCCUCAGCCAAAUGCAAUAAACAAAUUGGUGCGGUGACGGAAGAUCUAGGUGAUGAAUUAUUUGUGAAAAAUAUUGCAAAUUUAAUACGCGACCUACCAAUAGAAGUUAAGGAUCGUUUUCAAGCGGAUAUGUAUACGGAAGUCUUCCGUUUGCGUGGACUUUAUCGAAACUGUUAAAAUAAAUUAAAUUAGCAUUUUAAAAUAUUCGUUAACGUACUUUUGUGCCAUACGCUUAGUAUAAUCUCGUUUGUAUUAUUUUGUUACCUACUUAGUUAUAUUGUUACUUACGUACCUGUAUGCUCUAGAAUUUAGUUCA